AUGCUUUCCCGAAAAGGACUGAUCCCGGACGACUACUUGCUGACCCGCUUGGCUGAGGAUGUCCAGCAGCCUAAAUUCAAGGCGUCAAAAGCGCGGAAGGCUCGGUUCGUCGCCAAAAACGGAACCUGUAAUGUGGCCCACACGAACAUUCGCGAACAGGGACGGUUCCUACAGGAUGUUUUCACCACUUUAGUGGAUCUAAAAUGGCUUCACUUACUUAUCAUUUUCACUAUGUCAUUUCUGUGCAGCUGGCUGCUGUUUGCAAUGGUUUGGUGGCUCAUUGCCUUUGCGCACGGCGACCUGGAUCAAAAGGGUGACGACUUUGUCCCGUGCGUGACGGACAUCCACUCCUUCUCCUCUGCGUUUCUUUUCUCCAUAGAGGUACAGGUGACCAUCGGGUUCGGGGGGCGCAUGGUCACAGAGGAAUGCUUGUCUGCCAUAGUGGUCCUUAUCAUUCAGAACAUCGUGGGCUUGCUGAUUAACGCCAUAAUGCUGGGGUGUAUCUUUAUGAAGACGGCCCAGGCCAACCGGCGCGCCGAAACGCUGAUCUUCAGCAAGCACGCCGUCAUCUCCAUCCGAAAUAACAAACUGUGCUUUAUGAUCCGUUUAGGGGACCUGCGGAAGAGCAUGAUCAUUAGUGCCACCGUGCGGAUGCAGGUGGUAAGGCGCAGCACCACUUCGGAGGGCGACGUGGUCCCCCUGGACCAGAUAGACAUUCACAUGGACAACCCCGUGGGGACCAACGGCAUUUUCCUGGUGGUCCCUCUCAUCAUAUGCCACGUUAUUGACAAAGACAGCCCGCUCUACGAGCUAUCGCCAGCGGAUUUACAAAAUAAUGAUAUCGAGGUGGUAGUGGUGCUGGAGGGGGUGGUGGAGACCACGGGUAUAACCACCCAGGCCCGUACAUCAUACCUGUCUGAGGAGAUACUGUGGGGGCAGCGCUUUGUGCCCACUAUAUCCGAGGAGGAGGGCAUGUAUGCGGUGGACUAUUCUAAAUUCGGUAACACAGUUAGAGUAGCGACACCCAGCUGCAGUGCCAAGAAACUGGAUGAGAAGGGAGGCAUCGCCAGGUUUAAACUGCACGAGCACGCUACCCCGCGGCCGUCGGUGAGAAGGCGGCGGCUCUCACUGCGCAUGAAGCAAUACAGCACCAUCAGCCCACUAGCCUAA